ACUGAUGCGGGAUGAGUCAGGCUCUAUGAUGCUGCUGCCAUUUCAUCGGCAGCGAAAACACAUAAACACGCUGCAAAGAAACACCUGGUGUGGCGGGGCCCCCUCUGGCAGCGAGCACAUCCAGUCCAUGACCAGCGACGACUGACAAGACCAGCCGUUGAAGAUUGCCUUUCGAGCACCCGCUGUGUCAGAAGCCGCUCUGGGGCCUGGUGCUAACAAGGAGAUCUGUCCGGGCCUGACAAGACCCGAGACCCCCAGCAGAACCGAGGCUCGAGGCUGACCAGUCGCUGCCAUGGAGUCCACACCAGCCGCGUUCUGAUACGGCAGAAGAGGACCGACACACCAAACAUUUGUUUUAGUGAGGGAAUCUCCGCCGAAGCGACACACCAGCGCUCAGACAGACAGGGGACGGACGGACAGACGGCACGAGUCAUGGAGGCGAUCUGGCUCUAUCAGUUCCGGCUCAUCGUCAUCGGGGAUUCCACGGUGGGGAAGUCGUGUUUGAUCCGGCGCUUCACCGAGGGUCGCUUCGCGCAGGUGUCGGACCCCACGGUCGGCGUCGAUUUCUUCUCCCGGCUGGUGGAGAUCGAACCCGGGAAGAGGAUCAAGCUGCAGAUCUGGGACACCGCGGGUCAGGAGCGCUUCCGCUCCAUCACCAGGGCGUACUACCGCAACUCUGUGGGUGGGUUGCUGUUAUUUGACAUCACCAAUCGCAGGUCCUUCCAAAACGUCCACGAAUGGUUGGAGGAGGCUCGCAGUCACGUCCAGCCGCACAGCAUCGUUUUCCUUCUGGUGGGCCACAAAUGUGACCUUGAGCCACAGCGUCAGGUGACACGUCAAGAGGCGGAGAAGCUGGCGGGGGCGUAUGGGAUGCGUUACGUGGAAACGUCGGCCCGCGACGCCAUCAACGUAGAGCACGCUUUCACUGAGCUGACCAGGGAGAUCUUCGCUCUGGUGCGGUCCGGGGACAUCACCAUACAGGAGGGCUGGGAAGGUGUCAAGAGUGGGUUCGUUCCCAACGUGGUCCAUUCCUCGGAGGAAGUGACCAAAAGUGACCGCCGCUGUCUCUGCUGAUCUGGGAAGGGACUGACGGUGAGAAAUCCAGAGAGGGCUGACGGACUGACGGGUCGGAUCCUCUUCUGUUCUUACUUUGAACUGCUGAGCGAUGAUCUGGGGAAGAUGUUCUCUGAGGCUCACAGAAGAUGAUGAUGAACGCCAUGAACACAGAUUCCAAAGGCUCGUAUCCACUUUUAUUUGCCUUUUCAAAUAGAAGGGAUCAGAAAUUAUGUAAAUCCUUAAGUACCAUUUUUGGCCUCAACACCAAAAACCCUUCCCAAAAGUAUAAAGGCCUUAGAAAGGAGACCCACGUGGGUCCCUCACAAAACAGGAUGGAAAUCUCAUUCUCUCCCUGGUCCUUUCCUAUAUGCAAUUACAUAAAAGAUAUUUAAGUUCUCACUUGAUUUCAUCUUCAAGACUUGUUUCCGUGUGGAUGUUUCUUUCAUGUUUGACUAUCAGCGCUCACUGACAUAUUCCUGGAGACCCAAAAGAAGAAGACAGGAUGAUGGAUCCUCUUACUUUGGAUGCUCUUGUUUGGGGCCUCCAGUGGUCCAGUGACACUGAAACAUGCUUUUGCUGAACAGCGCACCCUAGAAAAGGAAAACACUGCCCAUGCUUUUCCACACAAGAGCUGAGAGAGAAAGACUCCUAACUAGUCCUUUUUUGCCUUCAGACUUCAAAAAGAACCGAGUGGAACGUUGCACCUUAAAGUCCACCUUGACUGUGGAGCCAUACCGCGGGACAUUUCUACAAAACUCUUGACGUCCAGGAUUGUCGACAGAGAGGGACCUGAUCGGUUUCUACUUACAAACCUGCCACUUUAACCACAAUGCACGCAUUCAGAGUACGACUGUGUAACCAAGCCAAGGUCCAGUCAGCAUGCUUCAAUACGACCAAGACAAGACAUGAACCUGGACAUUUGUUUCUUGGCAUCAUCGACACAGAUCAUACGAUUGUACCUGCACCACAUCACACGCUCAUGGUAAAAUUUCCAUUAUGACCUUAACAUGUUGAAGCCUGAAUCUUGUUGCCGAUCAAAUAAACCAGGGGAGAAAAAAGUCCUCACGUACAUGUUGAGGUGGAGGGUCACACAGCUUAUUCAGUAAAGACUGUUACUGUACUGAGAAGUAUCAAUCCCAAAACACAGUUUGGAGACACCAGGUCAUAAGUCAGUGCUACCUGCUGCCGUUUAUUUAGCUUUCCUAAUGACUAAAUGCCUUCAUUUAUUAAUUCAAACUGCCAUGUAAACCCACUAAUAUAAGACAGAGUAUCAUUGUUUUUGUUUUCUCCAUUAUGUGUCCAGAGAGUCUGUUAGCCACACCCACGACGCAUUUCAGAGAGUCAUCAUUAAGAAGGUCACACCUCUGAAUCGGCUGUGCUUACGACAAAGAACAUUCUUAAUAAAACAUGAAACUAGAAGCAGACAGCGAUUGUUUUACAUAGGAAAGGCAGCCUGAUGUUUCAACUAAACGUGCAGGACAGAAGGUCCAUAUGAAGUCAGAGCAGCUAGUGAUGGCCUCAUGAGGCGUGGUGAACCAGAGGUCUGAAAUCCUUGGAUUUUAAACAACUAGUUCAAUGAACCUCACUCCAUUAUAAACCAAGAGCGCCACCUACUGAGCUCUGAAAAGGAGGACAGCGUUUGGUGAAGCAGCCCAUCACUAAUAGCAGCCCUCAGAAACAAGGAAUUAUUCAUUCAAACCUGAACAGUCUUGUUUCUGCAGUCCUAACUCAAACGUCAGCGACAGCUCCAAAGCAGUUGUGCACUGAAGACUUCCAGCCAAAGCUAUGCAAUUGUGACUGCACAACGUGACUAUAAUGUUAAGGAUUGUUCUUAAAUUCCUGUGGGAAGUAGAUAGUGUGACAGCAACACCUUAAAAAUGACAGCUUCAUUUUUAGUGCAGCCAAUAUCUCCGCCAGAGAUAUGGUGACAGGUGUAAUAGGGCGAGUGCUUUUCAGCUUGGAAUGAAGUCCAUGCAGCGGGGGUGCAAUAUUAUUACCGAGUUGCAGUGGGAAGGUGCUUUUUCCAUAGACUGGAGCGGUAAUCCCACCACCCUGGUCUGGAAUGGCUAAGUCAGAGCUUGCUAGAGCAGCUACUUCCAGAAGUCUGCCUGCACAAGUGUAAAGUAAAAUCUAAAUCGCCAGAGCUGACAUAGUUUCUACUUUAACAAGUAGAUGGUGGACACCUGCAACUUCAGUCUGUGCAACUUUCGUGGGCGUGCUUUUCAUUGAACGCCGCUACAAUUGUUAUCUUCACGCUGACGUCCCGGUGAAAGAUCACGGAUUUGCUGGUGGAAUGUACAGACAUGCAGGGAGGCGACACAAACCCGAAUCAUGUUAACAAUGUGUUCAUGUUGUACCAUGGGUAACACCAGGGAGGCUUGUUCUUCCUUUUAGGGCACAUGUUCAUUGAAAAUAAACAGCU